GUUUUUGGGGAGCCCUUGGUGCCAGUCUGCGGAUCUGUAGUGGCUGUGUGUCACUGGUGCCCACGCUUGAAGAGCUGUGGCUGCGUGGGCCGGUGAUGGGGCUGGUGUGAGGUGUGGGGAGCACCCUGGGUGCUCCCAGAGCUCUUGGAUGUGGGCUCUGGUGUGGGGCUGCGGGCGGGGGUUUCCUGCCAGGGCUGCUGCCUGCUCUCCUGGAUGGGCAGGUGCCAUCCCUGCAGCUCCAGGGAGGAGCGGGAGCAUGGAGGUGCUCCUGGUGUUCAGAGAGGCCAAGAAAGGCUGGGCUGGGUGAAGGCAAGUGGGAGCUUCUCCAGAGGAGUUCAGGAGCCAGAGCCAAAGCUGCUGGUUUUUGGGUGCAGUGAGGACUCAGCAAGGUCCCUCUCCUGCUCCCUGCUGGGUAUGAGGGGCUGCUGGAGACCAAGGGCUUGGGAGGGCAAAAGGUGCUGUGUGUCAGCUGCAGCUCGGGGAAGGGGGGCUUCCUCUGCAUCCCCCUGAUUAAUAAAUGCUGCUUUGAUAAGGCACCAGCUCUGUACUUUUGGCUGUCCCGAGGAAGGAGACAGCCCAGGACAUGCCCCUGCUCCCUCUGUGCUGUGAGGCUCCAGCUGCAGGGCUGCCCAAGAUAACCCCCCAUUUCUCCUUCAAGCAGUGGCAGUUCUGAAAGUGCUGUGUGCCGAGGCCUUGCUGAGCCCUCGCUGCUCAUUUGCCUGAGUUUCAGCUUUUCCCCAGAUGCAAAUGUCAUCAGCUCCAGUCCCACCAAGAGUGCCGCCGCUGAGAUGGAGGCCCCGCUCCCUGGUCUCUCCCUGCUUCUGGUCCUCCUAGCAGUGGGACAGGGAAGCGGGGCAGUUGCAGCCUGGGCACCAUCUCCGGGUGGCUGUGAGCUCGUGCAGAGCACCAUGGACUGCACUGGGAGAUGGCUGAGCUCCAUCCCAGGAAACCUUCGAGGUGAUACCGAGGAGCUGUUGCUCGAUGACAACACUAUCCAGGUCCUGGGAAAUGCCUCUCUGCUUCCAUAUACCCAGCUCUGCCAUCUCAGUUUGACCAGGAACCGGCUGGAGCUCAUCGAGCCCGGCACCUUCCACAGCAGUCAAGGCCUCCAGGAGCUCUCCUUGUCAGACAACCUCCUCUUCACCAACUACUCGCUGACAGCAGCUGCUCUUUCUGCUCUGCAAGCCUUGAGGACACUGGAUCUGGCUGGAAACCGCCUCACUGAGGACAUGGUGUCGGUUCUAGUCUGGAAUCUAUCUUCCCUAGAGUCCCUGUCUGUGGCCAGGAAUGUCAUCAUGAGACUGGACCCAUCUAUCUUUACAAACCUGACACAGCUACUGGAGCUGAACCUGGAGAAGAACUACAUCUUUGAGAUUGACGAAGCUUUUGAAGGGCUGCAGAGUCUGCAGAGGCUCAACAUAGCUUACAACUACCUCCCGUGUCUGGUGGGGUUCGGCCUCACCCAGCUCAGGGUGCUCAACGUCAGCAACAACGUCAUCGAGUGGUUUCUGGCUCUGGAAAGCGAUGACCUCUUUGAGCUGGAGGUGCUGGACCUGUCCCACAACCGCCUGCUGUUCUUCCCCGUGCUGCCCCGGCAGAACAAGCUCCACUCCCUGCUGCUGCAGGACAACAGGAUGAGCUUCUACCAGCGCCUCCCCAACGGCACGUCCCUGGCCAACGUCACCGUGCAGUUCCUGAUCAUUGAUGGCAACUCCACCAACAUCACAACGGUCAGGCUCUGGGAUGAGCUCUGCUACAGCAACCUCUCCUCCCUGCGCCUGCUGGACAUGAGCCAGAACCAGGUCUGGGGCCUGCCGGAGGGCUUCCUGGCCCAGAUGCCCUCACUGACCCACCUGAAGCUCAACCAGAACUGCCUGGAGGCGUUUCACCUGUUGGAGGAGGGCCCCUUAGCCAUGCUGACUGAGCUGGACCUCAGCCAGAACCGGCUGGUGGAGCUGGGGACAGAGGUGGGUGUCGGGGAUGUCCUGCCCAACCUGCAGCUCUUCAACAUCAGUGCCAACAGGCUGCGGGCGCUUCCUCCCGGGGUUUUCACCCGCACCAGGAAGAUCACUACUGUGGACCUCAGCCACAACCAGGUUGACCUCUGUCCCCAGCCAGACGUUGCAGGUGAGGCGGAGAGUCCCCCCUGUGUAGACAUCAGGGGCGUGGAGACCUUGACCCAUCUCUCCUUGGCCGGCUGUGGUCUGCGGGGGCUGGGCGGCCGCCCCUUCCAGGGAACGUCACUGAUCCACCUGGACCUCUCUGACAACUGCCAGGCACUGACCGGGGGCCUGGGGUGGCUGCAGGACCUUGCCCUGACGCUGCAGGUGCUGUCUCUGAGGAACACCAGCCUCUCCUCCAGCGCCGUGGACUUCUCCACCCUGAACAGCCUCGUACGCUUGGACCUUUCGGGGAAUUCCUUGACCGCCUUCCCCGCCUCACUGGGCGCCCUGGAGCUGCACAGCCUGGACCUGCGGGACAACUGCCUCCCGGCGCUGCCGCCGGACACAGCGCGGACGCCGCUGGGGAGGAGCCUGCGGGAGCUCUACCUCAGCCGAAACCCCUACAACUGCUGCACGCUGGGCUGGUGGGACGCCCUGCAGCGGGUGGAGGGGCUGCGCGUCCCCGACGGGCGGGAGGUGACCUGCAGCCACGGCUCCCACGCGCUGAGCCCCGGCGCGCUGCCCGGGCCCGUCCUGCGGAGCUGCCGCUGGCAGACGGCCGACCUGGCGCUGCUCUACCUCGUGCUGGCUCUGCCCACCUGCCUGACGCUCCUGGUGGCCUUCGCUGUCGUCUUCCUCAUGCUCAAGGAGAAGCUGCUGAAGCUGCUGAAAAACCGGUGUGGGGUUUCCAGCCCUUACUGAUGGCUGAGGAGGAGGAAGAAGAAGAGAAGGAGGAGGAGGAGGAGGAGGAGGAGGAAGGGCUCAGGACAGGGAACGAGUGGGAGGUUGGCCACUUACAGGAUUACAGUUGAUAACCUCUCCGAGGUGGGUGAGAUGGAGACUUGAUGGAUGGAGGACACGGGGUGCUGGGUGAGCCCUAACGGUACCCAAAGGGUUCAGGGCGGUGUCUGGUGAUGGAGCCUGGGAAUCCUCAAGGGACAUGUCUUCAGCAGAAACCUUCAGCUGGUGUGGACAAGAGCUGAGCAGACACGACAUCAAACACCUCUUGGCUGAAGGGACAGGUUGCCCAGAGAAGCUGUGGAUGCCAUAUCCCUGGAAGUGUCCAAGGCCAGGUUGGAUGGGGCUUGGAGCAACCUGGGAUAG